GGGUUUGGACGUGUUUUUGUAUAUUCGGCUUAAGGAAAAUUUGUUCGUCUACAGGAGAAGGCAAAAAUGGCGUCGGCGAUUGUAAGAUCGAGUCUCCGGGCGGCUCUUCGUGGUGUUGCGCGCCCAAAUCCUGCUUCUAAGAGGUCAUUUUCUUCCGGCGCAUCGGCUGAUGAAGAAGCUCGUGAGGCAGCAAAGUGGGAGAAGAUUACUUAUGUAGGCAUUGCUGCUUGUUCUAUUCUUGCAUUUGUUAACCUAUCCAAGGGCCAUCCUCAUUUCGAUGAACCACCUCCAUAUCCAUACUUGCACAUUCGUAACAAGGAGUUUCCAUGGGGUCCAGAUGGCCUUUUUGAAGUCAAGACACACCAUUGAAGCAUGAAGGCUACUACUCAUGUUCUUCAACUAUGUAGCUUUGAUAAAUUUGUCACUUAAAAAAGCCGGUAGAAUUGCUACUGGCCUUGUGUUGUUUCUCUUAUACCAUUGCAAAUAAUUUUUUUGUGAAUGCUUCGUUAUUGUGGUUUAUAUAUAGCGGAGAUCCCUUGAA